UUGUAGGACAAGUCCUUGCCAGAUGGAGAUGGCCAGGAGCAUUAAAUUGAAACUCGGCAGUCAUCGUCGAGAACAAACUUGUGGGGAGCUGGCUUCUAAUAAUCUCGUGGCCCAUUUCACUGAGAUGUGAGGUCCAUCGUGGUUACAGCGAAAGCUGGCCGAACGGACUUCACUCCGUGGGUUGCGAAGUCUUUGAAACCGUGGGGACCGGUGCUGCCAUUGCCAUAAUUUCGAACGAAUGGUCGGGUGGCUUUCAUCUGAGAAGUUUUCUCAGCGAGAACAGUGAUAGCAGCAAAAGUGAUUGGAACAGGCAGGUUCAUUAUCACCAUGCAACCGAGGCUCCUCCUCACGACACUUUUUUCCCUUUGGCCACUAUUGCUUCUGCCACUGUGCUACUGGAGGAGAAGACUGCAACGAAGUGUGGGCUGCCUGCGGUCACAGCUAUAGAAGGGAUUAUCCGAGAGGCGGGAAUCUUGAGCUGCAGCUGGGAAAAAGAGAUAUUCAGCAUUUUUACAUUAGUUUUCGCUCGGAUUGUCCUGCGUACUUGGAGAAUCCAGCUACCGGAAUGCCAUCAGAAUCAGAAGAAAUGUUUUUAAACGACUGGGUGGAGCGGUGCCGUGCUGCCGCGGGGACAAAAUAGUUCAUAGCAGGUUGGCAGUACAAAAACAAGGGGACAAUAGGAGGAGGAAUGGCUACUCGGGUGACGAUCGGGAAGCUUGUCCUUGAGCGGGGAUUCCUUUUACCAAUCGCUUUCAACGGGACAGUCCACAGUUUGGUCCAUCCCUUGCUCCUCCGUUAUCCGGCUCCGUUUAUGCAGUGAGGAGUGGUGCUGCUCGAGCUAUGUAUGGAAACUGGCCUCUUCCACCGCCACAGAUUUUGCUGCUCGCUGGCCUCCGUCGCUACUUAGCUGCUGUGCUGCGUCGUCGACACUCCCGACAGUCUUUUCGAUUGCUCAAGGCUUCCAGACAUGCUCGCUGGUGAUUUCAGGACAUCGGAUCGAGAAGCUCGGAUGCAGUAGUGGACAGGCAGUGAAGCAGAAUGAACGACGAUCGGUCUACAAGCUCCGAGGAUGGAGACAAGCUUGCGGGGAAAUUCAGACGGGUUUCUUCCUCGGACUUGGAGUUCCGGGCCAGCGGGAAGAGCAAUGUUCAUAGGCUAUACAAGCAGGAGCAGGACAAGUCAAAGCAGAUGAAAUUGGGAAGCAAGGUUGAUGGCUUUGAGAGGCAAGGACAAGCAUGGUUUGUGGCUACGGAGCUACAGAGCGACCUGGUGGUACAAGUAGAUGAUCUCAAAUUUCAUCUUCACAAGUUUCCUCUUCUGUCCCGGAGCGGUCGUCUGAACCGGCUAGUGUUUGAGUCCCGAGACACUGAAAAGGACCAUAUUGAUCUUACUGGGAUACCAGGAGGCCCGGACUCUUUUGAACUUGCGGCCAAGUUCUGCUAUGGAAUGGCGAUUGACCUCACGGCAGCCAAUGUAGCAGGACUGAGAUGCGCCGCAGAGUACCUGGAAAUGACUGAAGACCUUGAGGAGGGGAAUCUUAUCUCGAAAACCGAGGCGUUUCUGAGCUUUAUGGUACUGGGGUCGUGGAAGGAUUCUCUUACAGUGCUCAAGUGCUGCGAAAAACUUUCACCUUGGAGUGAAAACCUCCAGCUGGUCCGGCGCUGCAGUGAAUCAAUUGCGUGGAAGGCCUGCACAGAUACGAGAGGCAUCAACUGGUCCACCAUCGGAAAGGAAUCCUCGAGCAGGAAGAGCGACAGUCCAGAGUCGAACGAGAUGAGAAGCUCGGAGGAUUCUAAGAGUGUUCCGGCGGACUGGUGGUUUGAGGACCUGCUGACGCUCUCAGUCGACCAUUUUCUCAAGGUGAUCGCUGCUAUCAAGGUGAAAGGCAUGAGGUCCGAUUUACUUGGAGCCGUGGUUACGUCUUACGUGCUAAAGUGGGUGCCGGGGUUGUCGAGAGACACUGGCUAUUUCAACGCCGAGAACAACAUACACAUGACAGCCUCCACAGGACAGGACGAUUUUACAGUGCUCCAGAACAAGACUCAGAAGCUGCUCGAGAACAUCGUGGGAAUUCUUCCGCUCCAGCAAGACACGGUCUCGUGUAGCUUUUUGCUCCGGCUGCUCCGAAUCGCAAACAUGCACGGGACGAGCACCGCGUGCAGGGCGGAGCUGGAGAAGCGGGUUGGCAUGCAACUGGAGAACGCCUCUCUCGCCGACUUGCUCGUCCCGUCCUUCCUCCACACUUGCGAGACACUCUACGACGUGGAUCUCAUGCAAAGGCUGCUGCAGUACUUUUUGCUCCAAGAGCAAGUAACUCAGGCCAGCCCUUCGACUCUGGAGCAGCAGCUGGGCUUCGAUGGAGCCAUGAGAAGUGCCAAAGUUAAAGUGGCAAAGCUACUUGACGGCUACCUCUCAGAAGUGGCACGAGAUCAGAACCUCUCUCUGGCAAAGUUCCAGGCGCUCGUGGAAGCUUUUCCAGAUUCAGUCCGCACUAGUGACGAUGGACUGUACAAGGCGAUCGACACUUACCUGAAGGUUCAUCCAGGCUUGACCGAACUCGAACGCAAGCGACUCUGUCGCGGGAUGGACUGCCAGAGGCUUUCGUCGGAUGCGUGCUUGCACGCUUCACAAAACGAACGCCUCCCACUCAGAGUUGUGGUCCAGGUGCUGUUUAGCGAACAAGUGAAGCUUAAGAACGCUCUAAGCCCCGUGUUUGGGAAGGACAUGGACGGGUGGGACAAUCCGCAGCAGGGCGAUGGCUUCCAUCCUCUCGUCAGCGAUAGCUGGGCACAGGAACUGAAGGCGGUGAAAGCCGAUUUGGAGCAAGUGAAAGAGAAGCUUGCCGAGUUCCAAAGCGAGUACUCGCUCGUGAGGCAGCAGCUCCAGAAAUUACUUGGGCCAAAGGAGAAAAACCAGCAUUCGUCUUCGUCCUCUUCGUGGAGUAUGGGGUGGAAGAAGCUGAGACGAGCCUCCAACUUGUUCCACAGGGACGGCAUGGAUGAUCCAGAGCAGCGGCCAAGCUACGUCGUGCAAAAGGACGCCAUUGACAACGUAGCCAAGCCUCGACUUCGUAGGAACUCCCUUUCGUAAAGAGACAACAACUUGUUUUUUCGAGGAAAAGCACCUCAUGGACCAGCUAUAAAUUUUAAAACUUCAGGGAAACUGGAGUCCAUCUUUUAAACUUAAAA